CUUCACACUCCUGCCUGCCGGUUGUCUAAAUAGAAAUUUUGCAUAUUUUUAUGAAAAUAACUUUUGAAAAAUUUAAAUCGUACAAAAUUCCAAUGUGACUGAUAAGUAUAAAAUAAUCAAUUAAUUAUUACUGCCUGCGUUAUUACUGCAAAGUUCUAGUUAGCAAAAUAUCCCACAGAAAAUAAUAAAAUUAUAAUGCCCAAUCCCAAAUUUCAACUUGAAAUUUCCUUACUUGAAAUUUUCAAGUAAGGACACUAUCGUAUCGUAAAUUGGCAUAGAUAUGCUGCAAGUUUAAAUAAAACAUCGAUGUUGCGGGUCAAGUGACACUGACAGAUUCUUGCAGAUAUUAGGCUGAACAAUGAAAUCAAUGUUUCAAACGAGUAGACGUGGGGGUUAUCUCAUCUUCAGACACAGACAAACCGAAUUCAAGUAUUCGACAACAACCUCGGUGGGAGAUGGUGGUGGGAACCAGGGGACUCCACCUAAUGCCACCACGAUAGAGUCAGAGUUUCCCAAGGCGUAUGAACCAGCCUUAUUUGAAGAAACAUGGAACAAUAAAUGGCUCAAAAGAACUUCGUUGGAUCGAAAAGAUUCGCCAGUGUUUCGAAUGAUACUCCCACCACCAAAUGUUACUGGGAAAUUACAUCUCGGCCACGCUUUAACCAUUGCCAUUCAGGAUACGAUAGCUAGAUGGAAAACUAUGCAAGGGUACAAGUUAGAGUGGAUUCCAGGAUUCGACCAUGCUGGGAUUGCAACUCACACAAUCGCAUUAAGGAAAUUAAAAAUAGAGAACAGCACCUUAGGCCCAGGCGAUUUAUUAAGAGACAGGAUUCAAGACAUUGCAUCCAAAAAUUUGGACAGUAUUCAAAAACAGUUAGCUAGCUUGGGCGCCCUCUUAAAUUGGGAGUCAGUAUAUUACACUUUGGACGAGAGUCAUUCAAAUGUUGUAAAGGAAGCAUUUUUUAAACUGUUUGAAGCUGGUCUUAUCCAAAGAGGUGAUGGUAUCGUAAAUUGGUCCUGCUGCCUUCAGUCAUCGAUUUCUGAUGUGGAAGUGGAUCAUGUUGAUUUUAAAGGGAAAAUGACUUUCAAAGUCCCGAAUCACGAUGACCCUGUGGAGUUUGGUGUACUGUACAAUUUGGCAUAUGGGUUAGAGAAUUCAGAUCAGUCAGUACUUGUGGCAACAUCAAGACCGGAAACACUCUUUGGAGAUGUUGCUCUUGCUGUCAAUCCCUUAGACUCACGCUUUGCCAAUCUCAUUGGGAAAAAUGCGAUAAACCCUGUGAAUGAUAAAUUGUUGCCGAUUAUUGGAGAUCCCCGAGUAAAAACAAGUUUUGGAACAGGUGUUGUAAAAAUUACACCAGCACACGAUAAAUUGGAUUUUGCCAUUGGUGCAUCGCACAAUUUGCCAAAGUUAGAUGUGAUCACUGGAGACGGGUUUCUAAAUGACCUCGCUGGAAAUUAUAAGGGUAUUCCCCGUCUUAGUGCUCGAAGUAUUGUUUUAGAAGCAUUAGACAAAAAAUGGGCUCUUAAAAGCGUCCAAGAAUAUGCCGGAGUUAUAAAUAUUUGUAGUCGAACUGGUGAUGUUGUGGAGCCCAAGGUCCUUCCUCACUGGUUUUUGAAGACUGAGAAACUCACAAAAAUUUUUAUUGAUUCAAUCAAAUCAGAAGAAUUUAUUAUUUCUCCCAAAAAUUAUGGUGUAGAUUUGUUAAACACGCUGUCCAAUUCUCAGGACUGGUGCCUUUCUCGUCAAAUAAGUUGGGGCCACGAAAUACCUGUGUAUCGUUUUAUUGAUCAUCCGGAAGGAUGGGUGGUCGCCUUAGAUCGACAGUCGGCAAAGAAAAAGAUUGAGGCAAAAUACAAUAUUACCAUAGAUGAUGAGUCCACCAUUAUCCAGGAUUCUGAUGUACUGGAUACUUGGUUCAGCUCAUCCUUAAUACCAGUAGCAUUGUCUGGUUGGCCUGACUUUAAGGAAAUUAAAGAAAUCUCACUAAUGGAGACUGGACGGGAUAUUCUCUUGUAUUGGGUUUGGAGAAUGGUGAUCAUAAGUUUUGCGCUUACGAAUCAGUUCCCAUUUAAACAUGUGCUUCUGCAUGGAAUUAUCAGCGAUAAAUAUGGACGGAAAAUGUCAAAGUCUAAAGGAAAUGUAAUCGACCCCUUACAUGUUGUUAAUGGGAUUUGUUACCUAGAUUUGUUAGAAGAAGCCAAACAAUCUCUAGAACAAGGUGAUCUUGAACGUAGCGAAUAUGAUUUACGUAUUGAAACAAUGGACAGUGAGUAUCCACAAGGAUUUAAACCUUUUGGAAGAGAUGCUUUAAGGUUUGCAUUGUUAUCCCAAAAUAUACAAGGUCAACAAUUAGGCCUGGAUAUGGUUUACCUAGAGAAUUGUCGUCACUUUACAAACAAGCUAUGGCAGGCUCUUCGAUUUUUCCUUCUGUAUCGGGAAAACGUAGAAAAAACAACUGGAAAUUUCAAGUCAUUUGAUGUAAUGAGUGUUACGUCAAAAGCCGAUCUGUGGCUACUAUCUUGUUUGUAUGAGUUUAUGUCCGAUGUAGAACAAUACUUAGACAGUGGGCAGUUUCACUUUUAUGCUGAAUCGAUAAGAAAAUUCUUCUACCAACAAUUGUGCGACGUUUACAUUGAAUUAAUUAAAAAUGACCUGAAGGCUGGAGUAGAUAAAAGUCAACAUCUACUAGUUUUAGAAUAUGCAAUUUCUACAGGACUGAAACUAAGUCAUCCAUUAAUUCCCUUUGUAACUGAAGAAAUGUGGUCUCGUCUCUUUCAAUCUGGGCAACUCAUUGAUGAACCAUUUCCAAGAUCAAAAGAAUUAAAAAGUUUUCACAAUGCUGAAUUAAAUCGUGCUGUAUUGAAGACCAUCAAAGUCGUUAAAGAAAUUCGUUCAUUAAAGACAAGAAUUGGGAUGAAAGCAAACUCGAGGCCACUUAUAUAUAUUGACGCAACCCCAUCCCAAGUUCCUGAGAUUAGUUCAAUGAAGUCACAUAUUGAAAAUUUGGCUCGGUGCACAUUAACUUGUGGAAGUCUACCACCAUUGGAGAGAAGUAGCUUUAUCACAGUUAUUAUUCAGCUGGAUGGACAAAUUUGCAAGAUAUCAACACCAAAGGGAGAGGCUACUGAAAAAUAUUUAGAAGGAGAAAAUAAUAAGAUAUUAAAAUUGCAAGUAAGGUUGACUAAAUUAAAACAUCAAUAUGAGAACCCAAAUUUCCAACAGCAUGCUUCUCAAGAAGUUAAAGAAAAAUUGCGCAAGAGGUUGGAGACUUUGGAACUGCAAAUUAAUGAGGUAGUCUCUUCAAACCCAUCUGAAAAUACACGAAACCCGUCUUAGAGUUGAUUGGGAUGCUACAUAUUCCAUACAUAUAUAUAAAUAUGUAAACAUUUCUAAGUUUAUUUGUCGCUCAAUGAUUAACAAUAAUGUAGUCUUACUAGUCCCUGCGUUCAAAAUGACAGCUUUAUUAAUAUUUCAACAAUUAGUGUUAUAACCUAAGAUAGUCAUUGAUAAAUUCUUGUUAUAAAAUUAUUGUUCCAAUGGAUAGGCACGAUUUGUUGUUUACUUCUAUACCUCUGGUUUCUGAAAGGGUUACGGGUAUAAUUCGUUUUCUCAUGAAAAUUUCUAAUAAAUUAGUAUGAGCAUUA